CUGGUACUAUGCAUGCUGCCAAAAAAAGAGAAGAAGAAGAAACCGGACAGGAAGCGUUUGCUAGCAGUUCCAUGUGUUGCGCUGCUCUCGGUCAUUCAUUCGUGAAACGAAAAAUAUACGGACUCGUUUUUCAUGCAUUACGGGCUUAAUCGUGUUUUUAGCAACCGACUGUGUGCUAUUAUUGAUAGUAAUAAUAAUAAUAUUUUCAAAAGAAAUAAACUAAAGACAAAACCUGCAUCAUUUCUGCAGUAGCACUAGCUAGCUAACGCAGGAGUUGUGUUGUAGAAGUUUAGGAAAUCUCAUCAACAUUUAAAGUGCGAUUUCUGGAUGAAUAGUUCAGUGGAUACUAGGAUGAUCAAGGAAAACCGGUGGGACAUACCCCCCAAUGCUCCUGCGUGCAUGGAGAGGCACCUGUGCGCGGCACAAUACAGAGCAGAUGGCACCCUGCUACUUGGUGCCUCCAGCCUCUCUGGCAGAAGCUGGCAGGGAUCUGUUUGGAUCUACAGCGACCCUGACCAGGCCCCCAGUGAGGGAUUCUGUAAAGCUGGUGUGCAGACUGAGGCUGGUGUCACAGAUGUCAAAUGGGUGUCAGAGAAAGGAAUUAUUGUUGCCUCAGAUUCAGGUGCCUUGGAGCUCUGGGAACUAGCAGAGGAUGAACGUCUACUGGUUAAUCGCUUUACCAAGAAUGAUCAUGACCAUAUUGUCACUACAGUAAGCCCCAUGGUUGGAGCAACCGCUGCAGUCACUGGCAGCAUGGACUGCAGAAUUAAAGUCUGGGAUCUAAGUCAGGAAAUGGUUGUCACUACCUACAAUGUGCACACACAACCAGUCACUUGUGUUGCCUGCAGUCCUACAGAUGAGUCUCUGUUUCUCUCCUGUAGCCAAGACGGGCGUGUUUUGUUGUGGGACAGGAGGAAGCCCAACAAACCUGCAUCAAGAAUAGAUGUAGAGUCUCCUAGCUGCUCCCCUACUUCUCUAGCUUGGCACCCUCACCACAGAAGCACCAUUGCUUUUGGCGAUGAGCUUGGCAGGGUGACUGUGAAAGAUUUCCUGGGAUCGGAGCCAUCUCGGGUGGAGAAAGUUCACAGCCGCAGAGUUAAUGGGCUGGCCUUCUCCACACACAGCACCCCCUUGCUAGCCUCUGUUAGUGACGACUGUAGUGUUGCUGUUAUGGACUCUGAACUGCGAGAAAUACUCAGAGACCGGCGGCACCAGGACUAUGUCAAAGGUGUGAGCUGGCUUCACAAUGGCUCCUCCACCCUCACAACAGUAGGCUGGGAUCAUCUUGUGCUUCACCACAAAGUGGGUCCAACUGAUGGCAUUCCCAGUUCCUCUUCUUAGACCCAUCAGUUGGAAAUGCACUGAAGGAAAGCACCGUUUUCUCCUCACUACUUUGCCCUCAUUCCUGAGGUGUGUCAUUUUGCAGAAAAUAAAAUGGAUUUAAAGAUCUGACUAUAAUUUAGCCCCCGGAAACCGCACAAUAUUGAGAAUUCUGCUGUCCUAGUCAUGGUUUUUGUGCAUUACUAACAUAGAGAGCAUAAAAUGGACUUAUCUACCUAGUGAUGAGCUGUCGCCGUCUUGGUUGCAAAAAAUGGACGUUCUACAGAGGGACGGGUCUGACUGAAAAUGCCUAGUCAUUGGGUAGUGACGUGAUUGACACGUCGUUAGCCACUAAGUGAGCUAUCGGAGGAAUUCUGUAGGAGAGUCUUUUUGCAGCUGCAGCUUUCGGCAUUAGGUGGUCCUCAGAUUAAAUGUAGGCUUAUAGCACUUUGACUUAAUUGGAUUAAUUUUUUUGGCCAGAUAGCUGCGUCCAUAUUUUUAUACUCUCUAUGACUACUAAUCACAUCACAACCUCACUAUCCACUUCUUUCAUACUGUAUAGUUUGUGUAACUGCAUCAAAGCAGCACAUUUGUAUUGCAGAAUUUUACAUUAAAGGUAACUUAAUGUUGUCA